AUGUUUUGGCUACUUCAGCAGAGGAACUAACAUUCAUCAAAGGUUAGUGGCCUAUUACAUUUACAGAUUCAUCUGUUUUAUUCCAUUAUUACUGACCAAUGUAGGACUGUUUGUUUAUUUUUGUUAUAAGGUGUAGGCUACUUUGCAAGAUGUGCGUUGUCUUUAUCUGAGUAAUGAUUGCAGACCAGUGCUUGAAUAAUUUGCAUUGCAUUCAACAUAAUUUUACAUUUGAAAUAACUUAGCCUACAUAACUGUCGUACAUAAACAAUGAAUAGGUCCUCAUUAUUACAAAACGUCAAUCUGAAAAUGUAAUAUAAUGCUAUAAUUACAUUUCCCCUAGUGAUCUUAGCAAUGAGAAGAGCAAAGCAUGUUACAGAAGCUGUGCUGUGUGAUUCUACUCAUCAUCCAGAGGGACACAGAAAGUAGGUUUCCAAUUGAUGUCAUAAAAUGUCAUACUUUCGAGUGCAUUUUUUUUCCUUUUUCUUUUUCUUAUUGACACAAGGCAAGGCAAUAACAACCACCAAACACACAAUCCCACCAUUAAAUUGUAGUCCUGGUCCUUCUAGGGUACAAUAAGGCACACACAUCAGCUCAGUAUGUUUACUAUGUUUUUAACUCAGUAUGUUUACUAUGUGUUUAACUCAGUAUGUUUACUAUGUUUUUAACUCAGUAUGUUUACUAUGUGUUUAACUCAGUAUGUUUACUACGUUUUUAACUCAGUAUGUUUACUAUGUGUUUAACUCAGUAUGUUUACUAUGUUUUUAACUCAGUAUGUUUACUAUGUUUUUAACUCAGUAUGUUUACUAUGUUUUUAACUCAGUAUGUUUUGAGACAUGCUGAGCAUGCGCAAGUAUCUGGGAAUGUAUUGAAUAUCUUACUCUUGAAUAAGUGUAGGGAUAGAUUCAAGGCUUUUGGCUUAUUAUUCUAAGAACAUAUUCUAAUAACAGCUUCAGCCUAGACUGGACCCAGAUCAUGUGCUUUAGCGAUCUCCUCUGACUAUGGCUGCACAAAUGGGUUUUGGUUCAAAUAUUGAGCAAUUGGCACAUUUUUGUUGUUGUUGCAAUAUCAAAAUUUCAGCAUCAAUUGGAUGUCAUAUUUCAUAAGCACAGCUAAAUACAAAUAUACAAAUAAUGGUCUUAUCAGUGUGUUUAGGUAACAUCUCUGUUUAUUAGAGUUCAUAAGCAUCUAUUCUACAGGUAUCUUUUGGACAGUGUUUUUGGCUUGUGUUUUCUCUUCAGGUACACAGGUGAUUGGAGGACGCAAGACUGUGGUACAGGGGGAGGAUGUGGACUUAUCCUGCAGACUGAUAGAGACAACCGAGGACCUCGAACAGAUAACAUGGCAGAAAAGUACUUUGGAAGAAACACAGAACCAUAAUUUUAUGCUGAUUUAUCCGAAUGGGGAUACUAAGUUUAUUGCACUGAAUGGAUUGAAAGGUAGAGUCCAGUUUAUUGGGAACCCAUCAGAAAACCUUGGAUCUAUUCGAAUAACAGCUGUCAGACUGUUGGAUGAAGGCACCUUCACAUGUAUAUUCAGUGUUUUCCCCAGUGGAGCAUACAAUACAGAGAUACCUCUGACUGUGAUUGGUAAGAACUCUUUCUUCACUCUUUGUAUCACUGUUUCUACAUUUGACAGUGUAGAAAGACUGUUUGUGAUAAUCAACACUAGACAGCUAAAAAGUUGGUAGGUUAUUAUUAUUUAUUUUUUUAAAGAUUUUAUUUUAUCUUUUAUAAACAAUACAAAACAUAGACAUACAAAUGACUACAUCAUACAAACAUCAACUAUAUCACACCCACCCAGACCCACUAGCCCCCACCCCAAUCUCCAGCGCCGCAACGCUUUCUGCCACAUGGCCUCAAACGCUUUCUGCCACAUGGCCUCAAACGCUUUCUGCCACAUGGCCUCAACGCUUUCUGCCACAUGGCCUCAAACGCUUUCUGCCACAUGGCCUCAAACGCUUUCUGCCACAUGGCCUCAAACGCUUUCUGCCACAUGGCCUCAAACGCUUUCUGCCACAUGGCCUCAAACGCUUUCUGCCACAUGGCCUCAAACGCUUUCUGCCACAUGGCCUCAAACGCUUUCUGCCACAUGGCCUCAAACGGCACAAUUUUGUUUCUCUCCGUCGCACACUGUCUUUCAAUUUUUUAAUAUUAAAGCAUUUGACCUUUCCAUUGUGUGAAAGACGGAGGAUUGGCUUAUCUCCAGCUUUUGAGUAUAUGUUUUGUUUAAAGAUUAUUGAUGAGAAGAGUAUUGUCCAACCCAUCGGGUAUCUCAUUGCACCCUCAUAUGUCAUGUCUUGAAAUAUACAGACAGACAAAUUAAUAGUACAUUUACAUUGCAAUACUUCUGACAUCCAUCUUUCCAACUCCGCCCAUAACUUUUGAAUUGUGUAACAUUCCCAGAAGGCAUGAAUGAUUGAGUCAUUAGUAGUUUGACACUUCAGACAUGACUGCCGAUGUGCGGUAGAAUUUGUGAAUUUUGUGUCUUGUAUGUAAAUUCUAAACAUUAAUUUAUUCUGGAUUAAGCGUACAUUUUCGUUAACUGUAAUCUCGUUAGUUAUGUUCCAACAUUCCCUCCAUCUUGUGCCAAUAUCAGUUCUUUUUAAAUCUGUGAUGUGGUGAUGUUGAAGGAGUCAGGCACAGGAUGGUCAAUCACAGAAUAACAGGCUUUAUUCCGCAAAUACAGAGUUGCGCAGAAAUGCGUCAAAAACACUCCAGUGCGCAAAACAGGCGCACUGGAAAAUACAAGGCACACAGGGACAUAUCCCAGCGAUACAAAAUACACGGAGCUCCACCGAGCUUCACUAUCCUCCACAAUAAACAAUCACACACAAAGACAAGGGGGCAGAGGGAACACCACAGUGGGAAAAAAAGUAUUUAGUCAGCCACCAAUUGUGCAAGUUCUCCCACUUAAAAAGAUGAGAGAGGCCUGUCAUUUUCAUCAUAGGUACACGUCAACUAUGACAGACAAAUUGAGAAAAAAAAUCCAGAAAAUCACAUUGUAGGAUUUUUAAUGAAUUUAUUUGCAAAUUAUGGUGGAAAAUAAGUAUUUGGUCACCUACAAACAAGCAAGAUUUCUGGCUCUCACAGACCUGUAACUUCUUCUUUAAGAGGCUCCUCUGUCCUCCACUCGUUACCUGUAUUAAUGGCACCUGUUUGAACUUGUUAUCAGUAUAAAAUACACCUGUCCACAACCUCAAACAGUCACACUCCAAACUCCACUAUGGCCAAGACCAAAGAGCUGUCAAAGGACACCAGAAACAAAAUUGUAGACCUGCACCAGGCUGGGAAGACUGAAUCUGCAAUAGGUAAGCAGCUUGGUUUGAAGAAAUCAACUGUGGGAGCAAUUAUUAGGAAAUGGAAGACAUACAAGACCACUGAUAAUCUCUCUCGAUCUGGGGCUCCACGCAAGAUCUCACCCCGUGGGGUCAAAAUGAUCACAAGAACGGUGAGCAAAAAUCCCAGAACCACACGGGGGGACCUAGUGAAUGACCUGCAGAGAGCUGGGACCAAAGUAACAAAGCCUACCAUCAGUAACACACUACGCCGCCAGGGACUCAAAUCCUGCAGUGCCAGACGUGUCCCCCUGCUUAAGCCAGUACAUGUCCAGGCCCGUCUGAAGUUUGCUAGAGUGCAUUUGGAUGAUCCAGAAGAGGAUUGGGAGAAUGUCAUAUGGUCAGAUGAAACCAAAAUAUAACUUUUUGGUAAAACCUCAACUCGUCGUGUUUGGAGGACAAAGAAUGCUGAGUUGCAUCCAAAGAACACCAUACCUACAGUGAAGCAUGGGGGUGGAAACAUCAUGCUUUGGGGCUGUUUUUCUGCAAAGGGACCAGGACGACUGAUCCGUGUAAAGGAAAGAAUGAAUGGGGCCAUGUAUCGUGAGAUUUUGAGUGAAAACCUCCUUCCAUCAGCAAGGGCAUUGAAGAUGAAACGUGGCUGAGUCUUUCAGCAUGACAAUGAUCCCAAACACACCGCCCGGGCAUCGAAGGCGUGGCUUCGUAAGAAGCAUUUCAAGGUCCUGGAGUGGCCUAGCCAGUCUCCAGAUCUCAACCCCAUAGAAAAUCUUUGGAGUGAGUUGAAAGUCCGUGUUGCCCAGCGACAGCCCCAAAACAUCACUGCUCUAGAGGAGAUCUGCAUGGAGGAAUGGGCCAAAAUACCAGCAACAGUGUGUGAAAACCUUGUGAAGACUUACAGAAAACGUUUGACCUGUGUCAUUGCCAACAAAGGGUAUAUAACAAAGUAUUGAGAAACUUUUGUUAUUGACCAAAUACUUAUUUUCCACCAUAAUUUGCAAAUAAAUUCAUUAAAAAUCCUACAAUGUGAUUUUCUGGAUUUUUUUUUCUCAUUUUGUCUGUCAUAGUUGACGUGUAUCUAUGAUGAAAAUUACAGGCCUCUCUCAUCUUUUUAAGUGGGAGAACUUGCACAAUUGGUGGCUGACUAAAUACUUUUUUACCCCACUGUAUGCAGGUACUGAUGAGGGGAUAUGAACCAGGUGUGUGUAAUAAGCAAGACAAAACUAAUGGAAUGAUGAGAUGAGGAGCGGCAGUGGCUAGAAGGCCGGUGACGACGACCGCCAAAGCCUGCCCGAACAAGGAGAAGAGGCAGCUUCGGAGGAAGUUGUGACAAAAUCUUCCAAUAGUUUAUAUUGUCAGUUGUAUAGGCUCUCUGCAAGGUUUCGUAAAGCUUACCUAUCAUAUGAAUAUCCUUUUCUGACUCAUAGGAUUCCCUCAAAAUUGCUCUGAUGUCCAAAAGAUUUCUAACUGAAAUGUUGUGAUAUAUAGCUUUUAAGUUGCAUGUAUUUGAAAAUAUCUACAUUGGUCAACACAAAAUUGCUUUUUAAAGCUGUCAUGGAAAUAAAUGUAUUUCCUAUUACCAAGUCAUUUACGGUUUCUAUGCCUUUAGUUUUCCAUGUGGGGCAAUUUAUCGAUGAAUUCUGAAAAGUUAUCGAAGGAUUGUUCCAUAAGUUUGUGUUUCUGAAAAGCUAUCCAAGCAUUGUUCCAUAAGGUUGUGUUUCUAGGGAGAGAUAUUGGUUCUUGUAAAAUACAUCUCAUUUUCUUCCAUAUCGUUAUAGUAUUCUUAACUAUGAAGUUGUUAAUGUUCUUAGCUUUAUCCUUUGCAAAUAGACAUGUAAAAAGAUUCUGGGGAUGAACAUGAACGUCUUCAAUAUGUACCCAUUGUUUCUCUUAAGUGCAUUUAACUAUAUGUUGCAAGUAAAAGCCUUGUGUAGCAAGCUGAUACAAUUCCAUGUCUGGAAGGUUGAAACCACCCUCAGAUUUAGGAAGAUGUAAAACGUUCCUUUUUUAUUCUAUGAAUAGUAUUUGCCCAUAUAUAGUCUGUUAUAACUUUUUUAACGAAUAAUAAUGGAAUAACACAUUCAUAAAUGGCAAAAAAGACAGUCAAAAAAUUAAUUAUAAGGAAUAAGGUUUUGAAGUGUUUGUCCUAUAUCUAGGAGAUAUAAGAAAGCUCAGUAAAUAUAUUUGUAUUUGUUAAUACUUUCUGAAGUUACUGUAUAUAUAUUUGUUCUGGUGUAGAGUAAAACACUCAAAACCACUCCCAUCAUUAUCAUAUUUCUCAGCAUGCUUUAUUGGAGGUAGAUUUAAAAAAAUAGUUUGUUUCAAUAUCUGUGUUUUUGCAUGUCCAGUGAUUAGUAUAUUUAUGCUACACAAAGAUAAAUAACAUACAUGUAUUUCCCCAAACUAAUCCAAUCUGUUACUAGUUGAAUUUAUUGCACCCAUUACUGAGAAAGUUGUUCCAGUUUAGAUGAUUUAGGUAGUCUAAUAUAUCAGUCUUACCUACCCUGGCUGUCAUUCUGAAUGCAGGUUGCGGGUGACUAAAAGUUCAAAUUGUUUUAUAUCCUCAGUGGCUGGAUUCCAAUAGCAAUUACACAUCACUUACCAAGCCAGCAUAAUGUGAAUUGCAGGCCUGAUGUGGCCUGUAAACCAGGAGUUUCAUUUUUAGGGUAGAACUAGGCCCUCAAAUAAAGGCCUUAUGAUAUAUACUGUAUGUAAUGCAUUGUCAUAAAGAGUUUAAUUUUAAAGGCUAAUAAGGUUGGUCGAACCGUUCAUAGAGGGUUCUAGGAAGAUUCCUUCAAAGAUAUAAGGGUUCUCGGGCGGCAGGUAGCCUAACGGUUAGAGCAUUGGGCCAUAACCGAAAAGGUCACUGGUUCGAAUACCUGAGCCGACAAGGUGAAAAAUCUGUUGAUUUGCGCUUGAGCAAGACACUUAACCCUAAUUUGCUCCAGUGGUGCUGUACUACUAUGGAUGACCCUGUAAAACUGCACCUAUCUGGUGUCUGUGACAGUACAUGGAAGCAGCCUUCUAUUGAAGCAGUUUGAGGGUUUGAAGAGGGUUCUACCUAGCACCAAAAAGGAUUCCACUAUGGGGACAACCCAAAGAAACCUAUAUGGUUCUAUUUAGCUCCUUUUUUUUCUAAGAGUGUAUCCUGUUACUCAAGCUGUAACCAGGAGAGCCCAGGCAUCAAUAGUUUCCCUUAUGGUGGAACAGAUGUUGGAAUAUAUACAGCAUCCCUUAACGGCAUAAUCACUGGGCUGUGAAGGCUUUUCAAUGGAACUGCUGAAAAUGAAAAACAGCUUUUGUGAUGUGUGAAACCUAAUACCUCAGGUGCAGGUACCGAUCAUCAGGGUGAGCUAAAACCUGUUAAAACCGGAUUUGCCCAAACCUCCAAUACAGUAAAUGUGUAGCUACUAAUGAUGUAUAUUGCAAUUGGCCAGAUAGAAAACAUGGUAGGGUUUGUUGGUCAUGUAACAUGAGCAUUUGGAUAAGUUUCACAUGACAGGCUGUGUGUGUUUUGGUUGUUUUUCACAUAUAGUUCCACAUUUAUAAUUACAUUGUAGUUAUUUAGCAGACACACUUAUCCAGAACGACUUACAGUUAGUGAGUGCAUACAUUUUUAUACUGGUCCCCCGUGGGAAUCAAACCCACAACCCUGGCGUUGCAAGCGCCAUGCUCUACCAACUGAGCUACAUGGGAAACACAAUAAUGAGUGACUUGUUCAUGUUUUCUGUUCUCUGUUUGUUUGUUUUCUGGUCAUAGUUCCUCCAGUAGUGAGUGUGCCAGUUGAUGUUCCUCCUGUCAUUGGGGAGAAUGAGGUUGUCUUGGCAACCUGCGUGGCUGCUGGUGCCAAGCCACAGGCAGAAGUGAAGUGGAAGACAGGGUACAUUCGGCAGUUUGUUGAGGACGGUGACUAACUCCACCAAGCACGCCAACGGAACCACCACUGUACUCAGCCACCUGCUCGGGGUGCCAACCAGAGCAGCCAAUCAGCAGCAGGUCCAGUGUGUCGUCAACCAGUCUGCCCUGACAACAGAAAGUAGCUACAACUAUACCAUAAACAUCCACUGUAAGUAUAUACUCCACUACCACUGUCCUACACUAUAGACAUCCACUGUAAGUGUCUUCUACUACCACUGUCCUACACUAUAGACAGACACUGUAAAUAUAUUCUACUAACACUGUCCUACACUAUAGACAGACACUGUAAAUAUAUUCUACUACUACUGUCCUACACUAUAGACAGACACUGUAAAUAUAUUAUACUACUACUGUCCUACACUAUAGACAGACACUGUAAAUAUAUUCUACUACCACUGUCCUACACUAUAGACAGACACUGUAAAUAUAUUCUACUACUACUGUCCUACACUAUAGACUGUAAAUAUACAGUCUCUCUCUGUCUCUCUCUCUCUCUCUCUCUCCCUCUCUCUCUCUCUCUCUCUCUCUAUCUCUAUCUCUAUCUCUCUAUCUCUCAUAGAUCCACCUCAGUCAGUGAACAUCACCCUUAGUGAGGCCUCUAAAGCCACAGUCUUACUAUGUGUAGCAGACGGCAACCCACAACCCAACUACACCUGGAGCAGGUACUCACUCCUAUGUAAACUAGUUCAAAGCAGUUUAAAUGCUAAUGUUAGGUACACUUGUUUAAACAUAUGAGACAUAUAUUAGCUUGAAGCUUCAGUAUGUUCAUAAAUAAUGUUGGUAGUCAAGUCAUGCUUUUGCCUAUCUCUCUCUCUCACACACACACACACACACACACACACACACACACACACACACACACACACACACACACACACACACACACACACACACACACACACACACACACACACAAACACACACACACACACACACUCAGCCCUUCUCUUCUCUCUCCCCCAGAGUGGGCCAGCCAUGGCCUGGGUCUUCAGUGAGAGCAGAGGGAGACAUACUGCACCUCCUCAGUCUCAGCUCUGAGCUGAAUGGUCUCUAUGUCUGUGAGGCCUCCAACCCCUACGGACGAGCAACUGGCUCCCUCUAUGUACACACAUCCUCUGGUGAGAAGCACCUGAGAGAGACACACACACACACACUAUUCAUGCUGGUUGCUUAACUGGUUGCUUAUAAUUGUUAUAUGAUUGAUUGAUUUAUUGAAUACUUUAUUGUUCCAUAGGGAAAUGUGUCUGGCAACAAUACAGGCAUUCCUGGCAUACACAUAAAACACAUAUAUGAGGUUAUGAGAAAUGUGAUGUAGCAUGGAUAACAAAGUUGAGCCAGAUGCUCACUUAUCUUUCACUGCAUGUGUUAGUUUCAGACUUAUGGCCUCAUUCCUCUUUCUACAGGAAGGUACUGUAUAACAACUACCUAAAAUGGUAAUGAUACACACUUAUCUCUUACUGCAUAUGUACAUGUUUUAUUACUUAGUUUUAUCUCUUUGCUUUCUGCAGGAAAGUGUUUGCAUCAGAGCCAUGAUGCUUGUUAGGUCAACACAAUUAUAUGUAAUUGUAAAUACAGACUGUUUCCUAUAUUAACUGUAUCCCCUCUCUCCUCACAGAGACCUCUGCUGCCUGUUGGGUUCUACUCAUUGUCAUUCUAUGUCUGAUUGUUACUGCGGCUGCACUCGUAUGGUACUGGAGGAAAUACGGACAGUUUCCUUGGUAAUAUCAUCCACUGUGAUAUCAUGAACUGAAUUUUGUAUUGUGAAAAAAAUGCAUUUGCAUUAGAUGAUCAUAUAUUGAUUAGGCUCAAUUUCAUAUGAUAUUUUGUUCUGGACGAUAUCUCAGGAAUUCAAUCAUGGCCAAUCACCAGUUCCAGGCACCCCCACAGGUAUGUGACUAUGUAAAAGUCCACCAUUGUUGCGUGAUUAACCUAUCACAUCAGCCACUUUUUGCUAUGUAAUAAUACUGUUAUAAUGUCUGAUGACAAGGUUGAGGAAGAUGAACCUGGGACGUCUGGGUUCUAACACUCCAAACCAGGAAGGCGGAUCAGGAAGAAGUAUCGUGAUGUAAGGAAAACAAUUUCUUUGUUGUUCUUGAAAUAUUUGUUUUAAAUUAUUCAAAAAAAUAUUGUUUGUGCUAUUGUCUAUUCAUGAGGUAUAUUUAUUGUGCUAUUUUAAUGAAAUCGCCGGACAGGCUGAGAGCGGAUGCCAGAAGAAUCUCAGACAUGCACUGGGUGUGGGAAGAAUUCCAGUCUGCACAUUCUCCAAUGUUCUAAUCAUUUGCAAAGAACAGCACAUUCUCCGACCAUCUAAUGAACAGAGAGCCUCCGCAUUAUUCUCUGUGACAUUAGAAACCUCGGCUCGGCCCCUCCUCCACCACAGCUUCUCUCGUGGACUCCGCCUUGUCAUGGUGGAGGGGCUUUGUUUCUUCAGCGGGAACAACAACUCUCCUGUAUGUAUACAGUA